ACUCUUACUACUACAAAUAGUACUCCUCCUCCUACUACAACUACUGCAAAUAGUAGUGCUCCUACUACUACUACUACUACUCUUACUACUACAAAUAGUACUCCUCCUCCUACUACAACUACUGCAAAUAGUAGUGCUCCUACUACUACUACUACUAGAAAUAGUGCUGCUCCUCCUCCUCCUACUACUACUGCUACUACUACAAAUAGUACUGCUGCUCCUACUCCUCCUCCUACUACAACUACCGCAAAUAGUACUGCUCCUACUAUUACUACUACUAAAAAUAGUGCUGUUCCUCCUCCUCCUACUACUACUACUGCAAAUAGUACUGCUCUUACUACUACUACUGCAAAUAGUACUGCUCCUACUACUACUACUACUAGAAAUAGUGCUCCUCCUCCUACUACUACUACUGCAAAAAGUACUGUUCCUACUAUUACUACUGCAAAUAGUACUGCUCCUACUACUACUACUACUGUUACUAGAAAUGGUGCUGCUCCUCCUCCUCCUACUACUACUACUACUGCAAAUAGUACUGCUCCUACUACAACUACCGCAAAUAGUACUGCUCCUAAUACAACUACCACAAAUAGUACUGCUCCUACU